AUGGAUGUGUUUGGUGGAGCGCCACGUUUCUUGGCCUACCCGAGACCUGUGGUGGUACAAACUGGGACUGACGCUGUUCUGAAGUGUCAAAUCGGUGGCGACCCACGGCCUGCGGUGAUCUGGGAGCGGAACAAUGAAAAGAUCGACCUGCAAGGACAAUACAGGGUCUUUGAAGAUGGAAACGUUUACAAUCUCAUCAUUUCUGCCGUGACCACGGAUGACAGCGGACAGUACAUUUGCAAAGCAAAGAACAGCAUUGGGGAAACGUAUGCAGCGGCAACCCUGAAUGUGGAGGGCGAGGCCCAGGAGAUAGAGCUGCGAGAGGAGAAUAAGCCGCGGUUCCUCAUCAAGCCGCUCUCCACCCGGGCAGGUCGGGGGGAAGAUGCCGUCUUCUCCUGUAAGCUCUGGGGAAAGCCCCGGCCGGAGGUCGUCUGGGAAAAGGAUGGCCGGAAACUCAAUGAAAUAUUCGAAAGCACACAUUUCACUGUGGGCUACCAGGACGGUGGAUGGUUCCAGCUCAAGAUUUUUAAGACUCGUGCCCCGGAUGGCGGAGUAUAUACAUGCAAAGCCAGGAACGAGUUUGGGGAAUCAUUGGCAGGAGCUGUGUUGCUCGUCGACGCAGGCCCGGGACACGAGGAAGAGGGAAACCGUAAUGGCUACACAAACGGCCACUGGAAAGGCCACCAGGGAAAACAGAGGAUCGGUCGGCAAGUGCCAAACCGACUCAAAGACGACACCGUGACCAAGUCUACCAAAGUCAAAAUGUUUGCCGUGACGGAGGGCAAACAUGCCAAAUUCCGCUGCUUUGUGACUGGGAAACCCAAACCAGAGAUAAUCUGGAGGAAAGACGGCCGGCUGAUACUGUCUGGAAGGCGUUACUUGUUAUACGAGGACAGAGAAGGAUACUUCACGCUUAAAGUUCUGUACUGUAAGCAGAAGGAUAACGGAGUUUAUGUCUGUGCUGCAUCGAACACAGCAGGCCAAACCCUCAGCGCUGUACACCUCUCCGUAAAGGAGCCGCCUGUGCGGUUCAAGCAGCCCCUCAUCGAUCUGGAGGUGUGGGAACGGGAUUUGGCCGUUCUGGAGUGUGAAGUUCCAGAGGACUCAGUUGCCAUCACGUGGUAUCUGGAAGACAGACGGCUGCAGCCAGGGGACAAAUAUGGAAUGGAGGAGUGGGGAACAAAAAGACGACUAACCAUCCGGGACAUCGGAGUUGAUGACGAUGGGAUUUACCUCUGUGAGAUGCCCGACGGGGGGAGAAGCAUUGCAGAGGUAGCUGUUAAAGGAACAAUCUUGCGGAAGCUCCCGAGGAAGGUGGACGUCCUGGAAGGUGAAAACGCUGCCUUUUGUGUUGAAGUGGAAAAGGAAGAGAUGGACAUACACUGGUACAAAGAUGGUACAGAGCUGCGGGAAACCCAUCAGACAAUUCUCAAGUCCUUCGGUCGAACUCACAUUCUGGUUUUUGUCAACACGAUGCCCCAGGAUGCUGGACUAGUGACUUUCCUUGUAGGCAGAUCCAAGACUUCCUCUCAGCUAAGAGUGAAAGCGGCCAGACAUUGUCCUCCCAGUUGUCCAGUGGGUGUGCAGAUCAACACCGAGCGGGCGAAUGCUGCUCUUCUAUCGUGGGCUCCGGCCCAGGACUCGCGUAAGAAUCCUCCAUCUGGAUACGUGCUUGAACGGCAGGAAGUGGGCACCGGUUCACAGGAGUGGCUGCAGUGCCUCACCACCGAUUCUGCCACGUCUGUGGAGAUCCUCGGUGACAGUGUACCAUGUGAGGCCGAUUAUCGAUUUCGCAUUUGCAGCGUCAACAAAUAUGGAAAGAGCAACAAUGUCGAGUUCCCUAAAGCUGUUCACCUUGUUCCGGUGACCAGAAUACAAGCUCCCUUACAGGAUGCCCUGGUGCCCGAGGGACAAGAUGCCGUCUUCUCUAUCGAGCUCUCCGCUUCAGUUAUUGGAACAUGGUUCUUAAACGGCACUCAGCUUCAGGAGGACGAACGUUUUUUCAUGCGUCGCUCACGAACACACGAAUCCCUUCGCAUUCGAGCAGUACGUGACACAGACAAUGGGGCGGAGAUCACGUUCAUUGCCUAUGGCAUCCGGGACUCGGCAGCACUGUACAUUCAAGCUCCUCUUGUCAAGUUUUCGUCCAUGUCAGAAAUGGAUCGGAACAAGUUUGUAGAAAUUGGGAACCCCAUUGUUCUCUACUGUGAGCUGUCGGACCCGGCAGCUGCAGUGCACUGGUUCAAGAACGGGGUGGAAUUACAAACAAUGGAGGGUCUUCACAUUCAAUCGGAGGGCACCAUGAGGAGAAUUGUCAUCCAAUCAGCAGAGUUCUCACACUCCGGAGUGUAUUGCUGCGAUGCCAUUGAUGACAUCAUCAGGUUCAAUGUGGAAGUAGAGGCCUCACCUGUGACAUUUGCGGAUAUUCCCGAGGAGGAGCUUUUCAAGAGUGUUGUGGAGAGAGAACCGCUUGUUCUGUCGUGUGACGUCUCGAGGACCGACGGCGUCGUCCAGUGGUACAAAGACGGAGCUGAAAUGAAACCGAGCGAUAAUGUGUCGCUGCAAACAGACGGCACCAGGCGAGACCUGACGAUACAUUCAGCCCAACUGUCCGACACGGGCACAUACACCUGUCGGACAGGAGACCACGUUUUAAUCUUCAAGGUCACCAUACGAGAACCACCGGUGAUGAUAGUCUACCCUAAGGAGGAUGUCCAUCUCGACCGUCAUGUCCCCGACGAAAUUAUUCUGAGCUGCGAACUGUCUCGUGCCAACGGUGUCGUCAGCUGGUACAAGGACGGACAGAAGCUGCAGGACAGCGAGAACAUCAAACUCAAGGUCGAAGGUCCUUAUCGACGACUCAAGAUCAUUUCCAGCGGAGUCGACGAUUCUGGAGAAUACGUCUGUGACACAGCUGACGAUUCGAUAUUCUUUCACCUUUGUAUAACAGAACCUCCGGUGCGAAUCGUAUCCCCGAGUCAGUCGCAAAUGGAACUGUGCCAGCAAACCUCGGAGAGGAUGGUGCUGAGCUGUGAGAUCUCACGGCCCAACGCGGCGGUGCGCUGGUACAGAGACGGACUCGAAGUGGAGGAGAAUGAAAACCUCAUCCUGGAGGUGGACGGUGUCUACAGAAGACUUAUUAUCCCCGAAACUACCGUCAAAGACUCUGCAGAAUACGUGUGUGACACAGCAGACGAUUCCAUGACCUUCUUUGUAAACAUAGCAGAAGCUCCUGUUCGCUUCAUACGUGCGAGGAAGAUGGCGAGUAGAGUAGAGAAGCCGGCGGGGGAGACUCUGGUGCUCGACUGUGAAGUUUCAAGGUCAAACGCUGAGGUCAUCUGGAAGAAGAAUGGGGAAGAAAUAGAAGACUCCAGAAACAUCACCAUCCUGGAUGAUGGUGUCGUGCGUCAGUUGACCAUUCACGCUCUCACAGAGAAAGACGCUGGGCAAUAUGUCUGUGAUGCAAAGGACGACGUCAUGGAUUUCAAUGUUAAAGUGCAAGAGUUGCCCGUAAAAAUUCUGGGAAAAACUGAGGCAAAAACAGAGAAGCAGUUCUUAGUGUCAGAUGACGUUAUUCUCGUGUGUGAACUCUCGAGAUCCAAUGUGUCAGUCAGUUGGUACAAAGACAAUCAGCUAAUCCACGACACUGAGCGAUACUGUGUUGAGGAACAAGGGCUUUUCCGAUCUCUGGUUGUCCUAAAUGCUGGACUCCAGGAUUCAGGAGAGUACACUUGUGACGCAGUGGAUGAUAAGAUGCUCUUCUAUAUCUCUGUCAAAGAGCCUCCGGUGCAGAUCAUCGGAAACUCGGGCCACCCAGAGCAUCACAUCCUGGUGGCAGGGGACGACCUUAUUUUGGAGUGUGAGGUGUCUCGGCCAAAUGCCGCUGUUCAGUGGCUCUGGGACGGAGAGAUACUGAAACCCGAUCCUCGUAUCAAAAUCGACAGCCAUGACGUUGUGAGGAAGCUUGUUCUCUCUGGACUUCAGCCCUCGGACUCUGGAAAAUACAUUUGCGAUGCCGUCGAUGACAAACUGAUAACGCUUGUUGAGGUUCACGCUCCCCGUGUGGUGGAGUUCAUCGCGGAGCUGCGGAACAUCACGAUCCGCGAGGGAGAAGACGCCGUGUUUAAGUGUGUGGUUUCACCGGAGGACACUCAGCUGGUGUGGCGCCUCAACGGCAAACAGGUCGCCCUGAAUGAGCGCACUGUCAUCUCCAGCAACGGCCUGUGCCACAUGCUCUGCGUCCACAACUGCCUGGUUUCAGAUAGCGGCCGAGUGACAGCUGACGCCGAGGGGUUGGUUUCAGAAGCCGAGCUCCAGGUUCAAGAGGAACAGGUGCUGUUCACCAAGAAAAUGACGCCCGUGGUCGCUGAGGAAUACGGCGAGGUCCUUCUGGAGGUGGAGGUGAGCGUGGACUCAGAGGAGGUGCAGUGGAUGAGGCAAGGCGUGCUGAUCCACCCGGACGCCAAGUACACCCUGAAGCACAAGGGCCGGAAGCACAGCCUCGCCAUCCGCCCGCUGGCCAUGUCGGACCGGGGGACCUACAGCUGCGAGACCCUCCACGACCGCACGCAGGCCCAGCUCAGCGUGGAACCUCGUAAAAUCAGCAUCAAGAAGGGACUGAGCGACAUCACGACCACGGAGAGGGAGACGGCCUCUUUCGAAGUGGAGCUCUCUCAUCCCGACGUCCCGGGCGCCUGGAUGAGAAACGGAAUCAAACUCAAGCCCACGAAUCACUUCCGUACGAGCGCCAAGGGACACGUCCACAGCCUCAGCAUCUCUCACCUGUCGGUGGAAGACACCGGCUCCUUCGUCUUCUCUGUGGACAAUCUGAAGACCACCGCCAGGCUCGUUGUGAAGGAGCCCCCAGUGACCAUUUUCAGAAAACUGGAGAACCAGAAAUUCCCCGACGGAUCAGUCGUGGCUAUCGAGUGCGAGCUGUCGAGACACAACGUGGAUGUCAAAUGGUUCAAGAACGAGGUGGAGCUGAAGCCCAGCAAGCAGCUGCGCAUUUAUGCGAUGGGAAGAAAACGAUUCCUUCAGAUCCUGAAAUGUCACGUCUGUGAUUCUGGCUUUUUUACCUGCGAUGCUGGAGACGUGACCACGUCCUGCACCGUGGAGGUCUACGAGCGCGAGCUGUUGAUCGUUCAGGCCCUGGAGGACGUGGACAUCCAGGAGGACCAGAACGCCGUGUUCGUCUGUGAGAUCUCAGUGGAGGACGUGCCUGGAGAAUGGUACAAGAACGGGGAGAGGAUUCAACCCACCAGUUCCAUCAAGAUCCGCCAGGAAGGGACCAAACAUUUUCUUCUCAUGUGCAGUGUGCGAGCGGAGGACUGUGGAGAAAUCAAGUUCGUCGCCAAACAUGUUGAAUCUGUCGCUCACCUGGAGGUGGAAGAGAUUCCUAUCAACAUCGUGAAACCUCUGCAGGAUCAGACCGUGCUCGAGAAGACCCGAGGGAUCCUGGACUGCGCCGUGUCCAACUCCAGAUGCAGCAUCCGCUGGUACAAAGGCUGCAACGUCAUCCUGCCCUCGGAGCGCUUCGAGAUCAGCAGCGAAGGCUGCUAUCGCAAACUGAUCAUCCAGCAGGUGGCGCUGCACGAUGAGGGCAUGUACAGUGUCCAGGUUGGAGAGCACUCAUGCUCCGCUAAGCUGACGGUGGAAAGCCAGUCCUUGUUACUGGUCAGAGAGCUGAGGGAUGUGGAGGUCGUGGCCCCCGACGACGCCACCUUCGAAUGUGAGGUGACCGCCCUCGCUGUCGAGGCCCCUGAGUGGAGUCUGAAGGGGGAGCCUCUGCAGCCCGGCUCUCGGGUCCACGUGGAGACGAAGGGCUCGGUCCACAGGCUGACGCUCAGCCAGACGUCCCCGGACAUGAGCGGAGAGGUGGAGUUCACCUGCGGGAGCGUGAGGAGCAGCGCUCAGCUCCGGGUGCUGGGUCAGUGA